CUUUGCUCGGUCCUUUUCUUUCUCCCUUUAGCGGUGAAGGUGCAACAGUAAUCGGUCGUCCCGAGCCCGGGUUCAUCCGACACCCUCACCAACCAAGCUGAACUGAGCGCUACUACUACAGCAGCAACAUGCCUCCUAAAUUCGACCCCACCGAGAUUAAAGUUGUGUACAUGAGGUGCACAGGAGGAGAAGUCGGAGCCACUUCAGCCCUGGCCCCCAAAAUCGGACCUCUGGGUCUGUCUCCCAAGAAAGUUGGUGACGACAUUGCCAAGGCCACCGGUGACUGGAAGGGCCUGAGGAUCACCGUGAAGCUGACCAUCCAGAACAGGCAGGCAGUGGUAGAGGUCGUUCCCUCUGCGUCGGCUCUGAUCAUCAAGGCUCUGAAGGAGCCUCCUCGUGACAGGAAGAAGGUCAAGAACAUCAAGCACAGUGGCAGUGUGACCUUCGAUGAGAUUGUGGGCAUUGCUCGCGUCAUGAGGCACCGCUCCAUCGCCAGAGAGCUCUCCGGAACAAUCAAAGAGAUCCUGGGUACCGCUCAGUCUGUCGGAUGCACCAUCGAUGGUCGUCCUCCCCAUGAUGUCAUCGAUGACAUAAACGCCGGCAAAGUAGAGUGUCCGUCUGAGUAAAUGAGCGCCACGAAUAAAAAGAUCUCAAACUAAA